AUGUUGGAUUUGGAAAUCGUCCCUGAACGCUCUCUGGGCUGUGAUGCCUGGGAAUUCGUUCUAGGGAUGCAUUUCUCCCAGUCAGUGGCCAUCAUUCAAAGUCAAGUGGGCACAAUAAGAGGAGUACAAGUACUUUAUAGUGAUCAGAAUCCAUUGUCAGUAGACCUAGUAAUAAAUAUGCCGCAAGAUGGCAUCCGGUUAAUAUUCGAUCCGGUUGCCCAGCGACUUAGGGUUAUAGAAAUCUACAAUAUGAAAUUAGUUAAGCUUAGGUAUAGUGGCAUGUGCUUCAACUCGCCCGAGAUCUCCCCCUCCAUAGAGCAGGUGGAGCACUGCUUCGGGGCGACACACCCCGGUCUGUAUGACUCCCAGCGACAUCUGUUCGCGCUCAACUUCAGAGGACUCUCCUUUUAUUUCCCAGUCGAUAGCAAAUUUGAGGAUAUGUUUUUGUUCCAGCCUGGGUACGCCCACGGGCUGGGCUCCCUACAGUUCCCUAACGGAGGCUCUCCAGUCGUGUCGCGAAGCACUAUCUACUACGGAUCUCAACAUCAGCAAGCUAGCAGCAGCAGCCCGGGCGGUGUAUGCGGCGCACCGCUCCCCGAGCUCCCUCUCUCUUGUUACCGCCACCAGCUACACCUGCGGCGCUGCGAUGUACUGCGCAGCGCUACGGCCACGCAAGGACUGCGACUGCAUAUGUUUACUGAAGGCCCUGGCCGAUCCCUCUCAGAAGGCGGCGCGGGUCGUUCAGUUUGCCGUGUGGUUCGCUUCGGUAGCUCGGCGCAGCGUGUGUGCGCUGCACUAGGCGCUCCGGCUCGAACGUAUUACAAAGCUGACGACAAGAUGCGCAUACAUCGCCCCACCGCUCGUAGGCGUCCGCCGCCAGCUUCUGAUUACUUCUUCAACUACUUCACUUUAGGAUUGGACAUAUUAUUCGACGCACGUACUCACCAGGUGAAGAAGUUCGUGCUCCAUACGAACUACCCGGGACACUACAACUUCAACAUGUACCAUCGGUGCGAGUUCGAACUUACUGUGCAGCCUGAUAAAUGCGACACGAACUCGUUAGUAGAGAGUCGCGGCGCUGUGUGUAUCACUGCGUACAGUAAGUGGGAGGUCGUGUCGCGGGCACUGCGCGUGGCGGAGCGGCCCGUCGUACUCAACCGGGCCUCCUCCACCAAUACCACCAACCCAUUCGGGUCCACCUUCUGUUAUGGAUACCAGGAUAUUAUUUUUGAGGUGAUGUCAAACAACUAUAUAGCAUCGAUCACGCUGUACCAGCCCGAGGGCUCGCGGCCGCGUUACGCUGUCAACUCCAUCGCGUGA